CCGUAAGACACGGAGACGCGCGUCUGUCAAAACGUCUCGAAGUUUGUUAGGUGAUGCUAACAAAUAAAUAAGCUCCUCUCAUCUAAAUUAUUAUUCUGGUGAGAUUGUUCUCAGUUCAAGAUCAGGUUCAGUAAAAAUCUGCUCCAAACCCACAAUAUUAUGGGCCGAAAGAAGAUUCAGAUUUCUCGGAUUCUUGACCAACGCAAUCGUCAGGUGACAUUUACCAAGCGCAAAUUCGGUCUGAUGAAGAAGGCGUACGAGCUGAGCGUGCUUUGCGACUGCGAGAUCGCUCUCAUCAUUUUCAACAGCACAAACCGCCUCUUUCAGUAUGCCAGUACCGACAUGGACAAAGUCCUGCUGAAGUACACGGAAUACAGUGAACCUCAUGAGAGCCGUACCAACACUGAUAUACUGGAGACUUUGAGAAGGAAAGGAUUGGGGCUGGAUAAUUCUGAGGUUGAUCAUGAAGAUAGCUUGUCAUUCGGAACAGACAAAUAUCAGCACCGCGACGGCAUGGAUCUAUCCAUCGCUCGCCAGCGCUAUCAUGGUCCUUCAGUUAUCUCUACGGAAGCUCAGAUGAUGGGUUCAAGUAUUGAGAACGGCUACACCAACUCAUCUAAUCCAAACCAUGGCAGGUCCUACAAACCUCUGUGCACCAGACCUGGCUCGGCCGGUUCUGUUGGCUCCAACUCUCAUGCAGCACUCGGGGGUCCACACUCAGGUCUGGGCUACUCGAUGUUCUCCCAUGGCAACCUGAGCAGAGCUUUGGAGAUGAAGUCUCCGCCCCCUCUGAGUAUGACCGGAGACGGACGGCGAAUCGACCCGCACGCCGGGCUGUGCCCAACUCGCAGCAAUCUGACCAAUGCUGUGAGAGAGUCCACCAAAAGAGCUUUGUAUCAGAGUAUGCACGCUGGGGGACACAUGAUGACGAUGGGCAAGACGGGCUUACUGGGUCACAGUCUGGCGAACUACGGGGCUUCAGACUACAGUCACCCAAGUUACGCUGUGGGCUAUCAACGCAAUUCUAUGAAUACAUGGCAACCAUUGCCUCAUCAGGACGGCCACCAAUCCAUGAUCAGCCCAGGGAUGGGCUCUGGAGGAAGCUUCCCAUCCCAGAGCUCCUCCCCCGGCUCCCCGCCCCACCACUCCCUAAACCUGAACAUCAAAUCCGAGCGCACCUCUCCUGACCACACGCUUUCAGCCACGCCCCCCGCCCGUCACAUGGUGCAACACUCUCCAAUGGAAGAACCCAAAGUGUUAUGCCACUCUCCGAAAGAAUAUACUGCUUUGGAGAGAGAGGAGAUACAGAAGGGAGGUUUCUCCAGUCAGCACAGAGACCCUGAAGGGAAAGGCGAUCCGUCUCUGAAGCAACGUGACAUCAGUAAUGGAUGGAUUAGAUAGUAAUCCGUGUCUCUUAUGGCAGAUAAAAUGUUGAUAAAAGAAUUAUAGAGAAUCAGCAUUAUCCAGCAAAUGCCUCAUUUUGGAAAGAUGUGUUUGGUUUUUACAUGUUAAACAGACAGAAUCUUGAGCUCGGGGCUCUUUUUUAAUUUGUUUGCAGCUUUCUUCACGUUUAAAAGAAACAUGCAUCACAUUUGCUUUAUUAUAAUCAGAUAUUUAACAGGUGAUGCCUCACAUAUUUUUAAUGUUGCUGAAUGCAAAUUACACAAUAGUCACUAAAACAGAAUAAAUGUGAUCAGUUUUAUAGUCUUUAUUCAGGCUCCCUUUCUUACUUUAAACCUGUGUUUUUAUGUACAGUACUUUAUGUAACAGUAUCUUAAAUAGGUGAGGCUCUAGUUUGGCUUUUCAAUGCCUGUUUUCUGUUACUUUACUGUCAAGAUCAAAUUAUUUUGUUGUAUAAUAUGCGUUGAGUUGUUUCCACCUGCCAUUUGCUUUGUUACUUUAGCUUUUUUAAGAGUUUUGUGUGAAUAAUGCGUAACUUCUUGCUGUUCAUGUCGUGUCCCCUAACCAUUGUUCAAGUAUUCUCAGUUGAAGUGUGUUGCAGUGGCCGCAAGAGGGCAGCAUGUGACUCAAAACACACCAGGCGCCUAUGAAAACUUGCUUCCUUAUGUCACGAUACUUGUAACCUUUACAAAAAAAUAAAGAACAGCAUUUGUACUUG